AGGCGCAGUGCGCACCGUCCGGGAAGGCCCGGGUUUUGUUUGUGGGCGGUGCGCCAGGAGCCCGGGAAAAGUGGCAAUGGCGGCACCGUGCGCGCCCCCCCGGCUGGUGCUCCGGCGGAGGAGGCCGGUGGCUGCUGACAGGGGGCGCCGGACACUGGGAGUGUGUGGCAUGCACCCAGAUCACCAGGAAGCUCUAAAAAGGAACCGCGUGGAGCUGGCCAAACAGCUGGUCCUAAGCGAACUGCUGGAACACCUCUUGGAGAAGGACAUCAUCACCUUGGAGAUGAGGGAGCUCAUUCAGGCCAAGGUGGGCAGUUUCAAUCAAAAUGUGGAACUCCUCAACUUGCUGCCCAAGAGGGGUCCUCGGGCGUUUGAGGCCUUCUGUGCAGCCCUGAGGGAGACCAAGCAGGACCACCUGGAGGACCUACUGCUGGCCACCCUCUCGGGCCUGCAGCACGUUGCCCCUUCCAUCCGGAGCCCAAGAAAUCUGAGCUGUGACUACGACUUGAGCCUCCCUUUCCCAGUGUGUGAGUCCUGCUCCCCCCACAAGCGGCUCUGCCCAGCCACAGACACGGCGGAACAUUCCAUGGACAAUGGAGAUGGUCCUCCCUGCCUGCAGGUGAAGCCUUGCACUCCCGAAUUCUAUCAGACGCACCACCAGCUGGCCUAUCGGCUGCAGUCUCGGCCUCGUGGCCUGGCCCUGGUGCUGAGCAACGUGCAUUUCACGGGCGAGAAAGACCUGGAGUUCCGCUCGGGAGGGGACGUGGACCACAGCAUGCUCGUCACCCUCUUCAAGCUCCUGGGCUACAAGAUCCAAGUGCUGCUGGACCAGACGGCGCAGGAAAUGCAGGAAGGGCUGGAGACCUUCUCCCAGCUCCGCGCUCACCGCAGCACCGACUCCUGCAUCGUGGCUCUGCUCUCUCACGGCGUGGACGGCGGCGUCUACGGCGUGGACGGCAAGCUGCUCCAGCUGCAGGAGGUCUUCCGGCUCUUCGACAACGCCAACUGCCCGAGCCUGCAGAACAAGCCCAAGAUGUUCUUCGUCCAGGCCUGCCGAGGAGAAGAAACUGACCGCGGGGUGGACCAGCAGGAUGGAAGGAGCCAGGCCGACUCCCCGAAGUGCCAGGAGAGCGACGGUGGGAGGGAGGAGCUGCUGAAGGUGCGACUGCCCACCCGCUCGGACAUGAUCUGCGGCUUUGCCUGCCUCAAAGGGACCGCCGCCAUGCGCAACACCAAACGGGGGUCCUGGUACAUCGAGGCGCUCACGCAAGUGUUCUCCGAGCACGCCUGUGACAUGCACGUGGCCGACAUGCUGGUGAAGGUGAACGCGCUCAUCAAGGAACGCGAAGGCUACGCUCCGGGCACCGAGUUCCACCGCUGCAAGGAGAUGUCCGAGUACUGCAGCACCCUGUGCCGGCACCUCUACCUGUUCCCCGGCCACCCUCCCACGUGACGAUGCCGACUUCCCUCCUUCCCCCACUGGCCACUGGCUGCGGGAGAGCCUUUCCUCCUGAGGACUCACUGUGUCCAUCCUUCCCUCAGGGACCUGGACUCUCCCAGGCAUGUCUGUCUGGAGGUGGCAUCAUCUCUGUCCCGAGGACGGGAAUGUCGGGGCUUCUGACUCUGGAGGCUGGACCCUGUCCCCAGAGUGGCUGCCCCGAUGAUGCCCAGGCCGUGUCUUCCUCAUCAGGAGAGGCCGGCAGCCUCCCUCCAUGAUCCCCCUCGGCCCCUGCCCCCCUGGACUUGGACACAGCACUUGGGGGGAUGGCUUCCAUAAGUUCCAUCAGUGAAGACAGCCCAGAGGUCCUCCUUCCCAUCCCAGCUCCAUUUAUUCUGGGUGGAAUUUGCACAGUGCCCUGAUGUAACGUCGCCAUUCAUUAAUUUGACUGGAAACACACCCACCGUCAUGUGUGCAGAAGCAGCCUGGCUUCCCUCUCAGUGCCGUGAGGCCACCCUGUGGGGGGACAGACGGUCUCCCCACUCCUGACUCCUUUGGGCUCAAGGAAUCCAGUCUCUGCAGAGUUCAGGGUUUAGGUGGCUCCUGUUCAUAACUGUUGGCCUUUGCCCCGGAAAUUCCAGUGGCCUUGUUGUUCCUGGAACAUUGUUUCUGGGUUGAGCCCAGAGUGACGCAGAGGCAGCGCUUCCCCUGCUCUAUCCCCUGGCCCUUGGUCUGCUGUCUCUCUCUCUCUCUCUAGAAGGUCCCUUGCCAGCUUCUUUCUGGCUGUUGGGGCUGAGGCAGAGCACCUCGUUCCUGCCUGUUGCUCUGGUGUUGAGUCCUAACCCUCUGGCUUUAUGUGGCUGGUUGCCCCUUCUUUCUGUUUCCGGGAGCCCGUGGCUACCUGUGUUUCUCUAGUAGCCUCCUUUGCUUGUGAAUCUCCCUUUUCAAGGCCUUCUCUUUUAUUUCCAUUCUUAACUUUUGAAAACAGACGUGGAUUUGAGAGGUUUUACAGAUAGAUGAGAUCAUCUCACUCCCCUGCUAGAAACCCUUUGGUCUUACCCCUCACAUCUCAGAUAGUCCAUGCUCCUUACUUCAGCCUCCAGGAGAGCUACUAAGUAAGAUCCAGCCCCCACUUCCCCAGUGGGACUUGGCAAAAUCCACACCUUCCCUGCCUCAGCCCCACGGCUUCCUGUUUGUCUCACUCUGAGCUCUUACCUGUCUAGACCAUCACAGGCUGAGCUCUAGGCCUCGCCACUCUGGGCCUGGGGCCCCCACCAGCAGUCACGUCGGCUUAAGCGCCACCCUUGCAUAGAGGCCUCUCGGACCAUCCGUCCUCUAAGCAGUCUUCCCCGUCUUUAUUGAUGUGUCCUGUUUAUUUCCCUCAGAGCACCUGCCAAAGUCAUGGUUAGAUGCUUGUUUGCUUCACUUGCUCAGCCUGUCCCCCACAAGGCUGGGGACACCAUGAGGGCAAAUGCCUUGUCUCUCUCUCCUUGCUAUUAUCAUGCUGUGUGUGAGCCCUGGUCUUGGCGUUCAACCAUCUUUACACAUUGCCCCCUCCUGACAGCAUUUUAGUAUCUGUGCUCUGUAUUCUAUGCAUGUUUUGUCUUAUCCACUGGCAUUUGCUCCUGAAGUCAAAUGUUAUAUGUGAGACCAUUGUGCGCGCGCACACACACACACCGCUGGGGCCUGCCCCAGUGCUCGGCCCAGAGUGGUUCCGGUGCUCAGUAAAUACUGGUUCUGUGAGCCAGGCAGUUCUGAGACUUGCUGUCAAGUCACACCCUCUGGCCAGCAUCCUUUGAAGGAUCUGGGUGAUACAGCCUUUCCACUCCCACUGCCAGGAUUCUGUAUUGCCGUCAGGUGCCAAAUGAACUCUGGUAUUUAUUACUGAGAUCUGUUCUGGAAACAUGUUUCGAUCUCUCCUUCCUUCACACCGUUUUCCUCACCACCUCACAGGACCACCCCCAAGACGGGCACCCUUUAUUUUUUAGUUUAUUAUUAUUUUUUUAUUAUCUGUAUUUAUUUAUUGGAUAGAGACAGCCAGAAAUCGAGAAGGGAGGGAGUGAUAGAGAGGGGGAGCGACUGCCACCUGCAGACCUGCUUCAUCACUCACAAAGCUUUUCCCCUGCAGGUGGCAACUGGGGGCUCAGACCUGGGUCCUUGAGCACUGUAACAUGUGUUCAACCAGGCACAUCACCAUCCAGUCCCCCUUUACUCUUUAAUGAGCGAGGACAGACACCGAGCACCUGUGGCUGAAUGUAGAGCCUCCUCUCUGCAAGCCCUGCAUCCUGCCAUGGGGCCAGCUCCCCAGUUGGUCCCUGAAGGGGAAGUUCCGGUGCUGUGGUGUCUCCCUCUGUGAAUGAAAAAGUUGCCCCUGAGCAGAGUGACACACUAACACAAUGGCUUGACUCCGCCAAAAAAUAAAAAAUAAGUUGUUAGCAAGUUCUGUUGGAUCUGGAUCACUGAGAUUAUAGGGUAGAGUCUGGAGAACGGGCUGGAACGGGUUGAGGAACACCCCCCAUCUCACUUGGCCCUGCUGGCGCUGAAGGGCAUUGAGAGCAGGUGUGGGUGGUGAGAGGUCUAGAACCCGGCAGUGGGCUGUAAACCAGGACUCCCUGUGCGGUGGAUCUAGGGCUGUGGAGGUAAGUGUGCCAGUGUAGACAGGCUGUAGCUCCUGGAGGUCCCCGGGGUGGGGUGGGGGGGGCGGUAGCAGCCACAGACCCACGAGAGGGUGUUGAGGAUGGUGGAAAAAUUGGAAGGGGAUUCAGCUGCUGUAGAGAAACAUGCAAAAAGGCCGAAGCAGCGUGUUGAUGCUGUGAGUCACAAAAUCUCUGGGAGGGGGGUAGGUAGCAUAAUGGUUAUGAAAGAGUCUCAUGCCUGAGGCUCUAAAGUCUCAAGUUCAAUCCUCUGCACCACCAUAAAACCAGAGCUGACGGGGUCGGGUGGUAGCGCAGCGGGUUAAGCGCACGUGGCACAAAGUGCAAGGACCGGCAUAAGGAUCUCGGUUUGAGUCCCCGGCUCCCCACCUGCAGGGGAGUCCCUUCAGAGGUGGUGAAGCAGGUCUGCAGAUGUCUAUCUCCCCCUCUCUGUUCCCCUCCUCUGUCCAUUUCUCUCUGUCCUAUCCAACAACAGCUAUAACAACAACCACAGGGGCAACAAAAUGGGGAAAAUAGCCCCCAGGAACAGUGGGUUUAUAGUGCUGGCCCGAAGGAAAAAAAAAACUCAAAGACAAAGUGUAGGAAAAGUUAACAAUUUAAUGGGUUGGGCCACGCUCAGCAGAGAACACAUCUAACCUGUGCAAGGGCCAAGUCCCUGCCGGCAGGAUGUGGCUACACACGUGCUGAGGCAGUGCUGUGAGAGUGUAUUUCCCCUUCCCUCUGAAUUUCUUUCUCCCCCCCC